UGCAUAUACGCCCAGCAUAUUCUGAAAGCAGCAAGCCUGGGUCCCUUCUCUUGGUAUUUAAAAAAAAAAAAAAAGAAAUCCAAAAAGGCAGAUACAGAGAUUAAAGGGAGGUGGGUACUCCAAAAAGAUAACUACAUCACAUCUUUUUGAUACAGUGUAAGAGUCAGAAGAGUAGAAUUUUACGUAAUAUCAACACAACAUAAAGAAAACAGUGUGUAAGUGUGGGAGCCUUGGAAAUACAUGGUCCCAGUAGUUCCGGAUGCAGACACUCACACAGGUAAAGGUAGACCAGCUGGGUGGGACAUGGGCUGGACAUGUGACUUUAUGGUCAGUUGCGUCUGUGCGGGGGGAUCAGACGGUGCAGAUCGUCCCGUCGGUGAGCAGAGCUGCAGUGAUGGCCCAGGUGAAGGUAGCAGGAGACGCAGUGAGGAGCCACCAGGACUGUGCAGAGGUUUACUCUGAUAUGGCUACUGUCAGCUCCAGUGCAGAUAUAGGAGAGUCGGUGAGGAAGGGGUCAUUGUGUGAGACCUCCAUGGCUGUCAGCCUUGGCAGGCGUAGCAGGGCCUACCCCUCCCCAGCCAGGAGACGCCACCGCACCACCUUCAGCCACAAGCAGCUGGAACAGCUGGAAGUGGCCUUUGGACAAAACCAAUAUCCUGACAUCUACUACAGAGAGGAGCUGGCCCGGAUCACCAAGCUCAAUGAGGCUCGCAUACAGGUUUGGUUUCAGAACAGAAGAGCCAAACAGCGGAAGCAGGAGCGGGCCUCGCAGAAAGUUCUCCCAGUGGGUGUGAUGCCGGGCCACAGGGCGCUGCUGGGAGGCAUGCACGUCCAGCCGUCCGGCAUGGCUCGACAGUACUACACCCAGCCCCUGGCUCACAUCCCCCGCCUCUCCCCCAUGCUGCACUCUGGGGCGUACUCCCGCCACCCGGGCCCGGUCAGCCAGUGCCCCUGCCCCAGCGUCCCACCACCUCCAGCCACCCAGAGGCAGCACGAAGACUGGUACAGCCCGCUGAGGAGCAACCUCACCUCGCCCAUGUUCUCGCUGACCUCCAUGCAGCCUCUGGACCCUGCCUCUCACUGGAGCUAAGAAGUGAAUUUAAAAAGUCACAUUUAAAUACAAAUGAUUUUUAAUCUCACUUCAGCUGCAGAAAACUGAGUGAUCAUGCAUGCUCCUUUACAUCUACCGCACUGUGACUACACAAACACACAUUUAAGUUACAUGUAUAAAUUCUGGCCCUGAUUUUGGCUGUAAAAGGAACUUCACUGUCAUACACAGUGUGGGAACACUGAGUGCUGAGUUUCCCCACACAGUUUUCUGUUUUUAAAUCCUCAGAUGUUCACAAAAGCACCACUUUUUUUUCUCUUGUCUUUGUGUAACCUCACCCUUGAUAUCAUUUGUGCAAAUUUUAGUUUGACAUUCCCAGCAGCUCCUUUCUGCACAUUCGCAUUCUGUUCUCCACAGGUUUACAAAGGGUGAUAUGCAACCACAGGCGUUUAAAUUAUUGCUGAGCAUCAUUUCACAAGAACAUAUUCUUAGUGACCCCUAUUUGAACCCAUACACAUGUAUUAAAAUAUCCACUGCUAAUAUUAAUAUUGAGUGUACUGUGGGUGGGUCUUAGUUAAAUGUCAUUGGACCUACUUAUUACUUGACUUUGCAAACACACAAACAAAUAUUCUUCACUGCAAUUUAGUUAAAAUGUUUUUUUUUUUUAAUCUGCUUUCAAUGUGUUGUACUGUGCACCAGCUUACACAUUUAAGGGGAAAUGUUAAUUUAUACAAUUUCUUGAGCAUUUACAAAACAGAACAUGAAACCUGAUUGUCUAAAACCCUUUUCAGUACAUCUAACAAAUAAAGUUUUUAAAUCUU